GAGAGACAUUGAGAGAGAAGGGAGGCGCGGCGCGGGCUGGGGACUGGGGGAACCGGGAAGGUUGCCCGAUGGUGUGGGGCAGUGGGACUGUACCUGAUCCCUGGACCGUUAUCCGGCCCGGCUACUCUUAAAACGCCCCCGAGUCAUCUACGCCCCUAAGAGCCUGACCCCGCACCCGCCCGUGCCCCUCCCUGGGGUGUCGAGCCCGUCCCCCGGACCAUGCAUUCCUGCAGUGUCAGAACCGCUGGCAGCUGCCGCAGACGCUGCGGGAGCGAUUGUUUUACUACGGAACAGAUCAACUGAGAGUUGCUGUUGUCCUCUUGCUGGGCAAGAAUGGAGGCCCCGCUGGUGAGUCUGGAUGAAGAGUUCGAGGACCUUCGGCCCUGCUGCUCAGACAACCAGGAGGAGAAACCACAGUGUUUCUACGGCUCAUCUCCCCACCAUCUAGAGGACCCCUCCCUCUCUGAGCUGGAGAAUUUUUCUUCUGAAAUAAUCAGCUUCAAGUCCAUGGAGGACCUCGUGAAUGAAUUUGAUGAGAAGCUCAAUGUCUGCUUUCGGAACUACAACGCCAAGACAGAGACCCUGGCUCCCGUGAAGAACCAGUUCCAGAUCCAGGAGGAGGAGGAGACCUUGCAGGACGAGGAGGUUUGGGAUGCUCUGACAGACAAUUACAUCCCUUCACUCUCAGAAGACUGGAGGGACCCAAACAUGGAGGCUCUGAACGGCAACAGCUCUGACACGGAGAUCCAUGAGAAAGAAGAGGAAGAGUUCAAUGAGAAGAGUGAACAUGAUUCUGGUAUCAAUGAGGAGCCUCUACUCACAGCAGAUCAGGUGAUUGAGGAGAUCGAGGAAAUGAUGCAGAACUCCCCAGACCCUGAGGAAGAAGAGGAGGUCCUGGAAGAGGAGGAUGAGGGAGAAACCUCCUCCCAGGCAGACUCGGUCCUCCUGCAGGAGAUGCAGGCCUUGACCCAGACCUUCAACAACAACUGGUCCUACGAAGGUCUAAGGCACAUGUCUGGGUCGGAGCUGACUGAGCUGCUGGACCAGGUGGAGGGCGCCAUCCGGGACUUCUCGGAGGAGCUGGUGCAGCAGCUGGCCCGCCGGGACGAGCUGGAGUUCGAGAAGGAAGUGAAGAACUCCUUCAUCACGGUGCUUAUCGAGGUUCAGAACAAGCAGAAGGAGCAGCGAGAACUGAUGAAGAAGAGGCGGAAAGAGAAAGGUCUGAGCCUGCAGAGCAGCCGGAUAGAGAAGGGAAACCAAAUGCCUCUCAAGCGUUUCAGCAUGGAAGGCAUCUCCAACAUUCUGCAGAGCGGUAUCCGCCAGACCUUCGGCUCCUCAGGGACGGACAAACAGUAUCUGAACACGGUCAUCCCUUAUGAGAAGAAGGCCUUGCCCCCGUCAGUGGAAGAUCUCCAGAUGCUGACAAACAUUCUCUUUGCCAUGAAGGAGGAUAAUGAGAAGGUGCCCACUUUGCUAACGGACUACAUUUUAAAAGGAGGCCUGAGAAGGGGAUUCCUUCUCCCUGGAGGCACCAGAGCGACUCCACAUUGGAGCUGCGGAACCAGCACGAGCCUGACUGUGAAAGUUCUGGAGAGUUCAGGCUAUUUCGUAGGGAAAAAACAGAGCCCGGGGCUACAUUUUCUGGUCUCAGCUGCUUGAAAUCAUGCCUAGCUACAUCCUUUCCCGACUUUUGUUUCAUCUUUUAUUAAGGGAGCUGUUAACAUCCAUAAAAGCCGAGUGACGAGAAUAAUGAACUCUCAUGUACUUGUCCUGCUUCAGCGACCGUGGAUUCAUGGCCUGUCUUGUUCACUCACACCCCUACCCAGCUUCUCCCCUCCGUAUGAUUUUGAAGCAAAUCCAAACCAUCAGUUUUCUUAAUCUCUAAGUAUUUCAGUGUACAUUUCUAAAACAUAAAGACUCUUUUCGAAAACCUAACCACAAUAUUGUUAUCACAACUAGAAAAAUAAAAAAAGUCUCAAUA